GAAACAGGGUGGUGGCGGUAUACCGGUUUAUCACGCGCGGUCCGAGUUUGAGUUUCGGUAUUUUAAUGGUUGUAGGCGGUGGGUUUUGUUGUUUAGUGGACAUUUAACUGUAUGGUGAGGCGGUAUUGAGUGGUGUGUGGUCGCUGAGUGAUGAUGUAUCCGGUGCGGCGCUGCUCUCCGCUCAUACAGAAGGACCUGGCCGCGCUUUGCCGCUCAGCACUGGGAGCCGCUCCGAGACCUGCCGCGGGCGGGAAGCACGCGCUCCCGGUACCCGGUGUGAGGCGCUGUGGAGAGUCCUGUACCGGGCCCAGGCCGCUGAGAACCAGCCGCUCAUCUCCAUCACUACAGGGGGGGAAAGCGUUUCAGAUGGGUAGUAACAGCAGCAGCAUUAGAUUCUUCAGUUCUCUGGCUCAGUCUCUGAGCAGCGCGCCGCUGGAGCACACACACACCGCCGCUGAGGAGUGUGAGCUCGAGCAGGCCGACCCCGAGACGCUCCUGCGCGAGUGCGAGGAGGUUCUGAGGAAGCGACCGCCGCGGCCCCAUCGAGACUUCAUCAGGACCAGAGCCAGCGCCACACACAACCCGCAGGUCCGCGUCAUGCAGUGGAACAUUCUAGCACAAGCUCUGGGCGAGGGUAAGGAUGGCUUUGUGCGCUGCCCGAUGGAGGCAUUAAACUGGGCUGAGAGGAAGUACCUGAUCCUGGAGGAGAUCCUGACCUACAGACCGGACAUCGUGUGUCUGCAGGAAGUGGACCACUACUACGACACCUUCCAGCCUGUGAUGUCCAGCCUGGGCUACCAGAGCAGCUUCUGCCCCAAGCCGUGCUCUCCGUGCCUGGAUGUGCGUGGCAACAACGGCCCUGACGGAUGCGCCCUGUUCUUCAGUCGCGAGCGUUUCCGUUUGCUCCACGUCCAUCACCUGCGUCUCUCCGCCAUGGCGCUCAAGACCAACCAGGUGGCCGUCGUGGCUACGCUACAGUGCCAGGCCACUGGACAAGUCUUCUCGGUCACCGUGACGCACCUGAAGGCGAGGAGUGGCUGGGAGACCUUCCGUGGAGCCCAGGGUGCCAAUCUUCUCCAGCAGCUGAAGUCCAUCUUGAGCUCGCAGCAGGAGGAAGCCGUUCCUCUGCUCGUGUGCGGAGAUUUUAACGCCGAGCCGAGCGAAGAGGUGUACCGCCACUUUCUAAACUCUCCGCUCGGCCUCGGGAGCGCGUACAGGACACUGAGCGCUGAUGGCGUCACCGAGCCGUCCUACACCACCUGGAAGAUCCGUCCGAGCGGAGAGAGCUGCUCCACGCUCGACUACGUGUGGUACUCGCGGCAUGGAUUCAGCGUGGACGCUGUUCUGAGCAUGCCCACUGAGGAGCAGAUCGGCCCGGACCGCCUACCCUCGUACCACUAUCCUUCUGAUCAUCUCUCGCUCGUCUGUGACUUCAGCUUCAUCCAGGAACCCCAUAGGCUCAUGUGACUGUCAAUCAAAAUGGAGCCGGCGCAGCUUUUAAACAUUCCCAAACCUUUUCCUGAAACAGGAAACGAACUUUAAGUACCUCAACUCGAACGAGUUCCACAAAUAGACUCCUGUUGCUGAUUUUAAAACGGAUCAGCAGCGGCUUUCUGUUCUGUGCAAUAUUCCUUAAUUUAUUAUUGGGUCGAGAUGAUCUCAGGACAGAUGUUCGAGAUGAUGUACUGUUCCUUUAGUAGUAAUGCCAUUGACUGGUCACAGAAAAGAAUGUAUCUUUACACUCUAACCUUAAUAAAAUUAACUUAAGCAA